AUGCCAUUCAAUCCAGCUCCGUUACACCGCUCAAUAGAAAUUAAGGACUUAACAUAUCUAACUGAAAAAGAUAAAGAACACAUCGCUGAGGAUGCUCAAACAACGGAUAGUUCAAUUCAUCCGAGUCCUGAAGUAGACGAUCUAGCUCACGUCUCAUUAGAAGAUGCAAAUAAUUUAUUAGCCGCUGACGAAACGAAAAUAAAAAUGGGUGCGUCAGGAACCAAACGAGCCAUUCAAGCUGAAUUAUCUCAAGACCAACUUGACUAUUUAAAAAUGCGAACACGAAUGACAGAAGAAGAAAUUCAAAAAUGGUUUCAUGGUUUUUAUAAAGAUUGUCCGGACGGUCUCUUAACACAAAAGCAAUUUAUUCUCAUGUAUAAUCAUGCGUUUCCAGACGGAGAUGCAACGCAAUAUGCUAAAAGAGUAUUUGCUACUUUUGACAAAGAUAAUUCAGGGAAAAUUGAUUUCACUGAAUUUCUCUUAGCAAUGGAUUUAAUGGAAAAUGGCAAUUUAGAUGAAAAACUUCGUUAUGCAUUUCAAUUAUACGAUAUUGAUAAAAACGGAAUUUUAACUAAGUCAGAGAUUGAAACAAUUAUCAAGAUGAUUCUUUCACUCCGUGGUGAAGCAAACAAUGAUCGUUUGAAAAGCGAUGUUAUGAAACACUUGAAGCAAUUUAUUACAAAAUUUGAUGAAAAUAAUGAUGCGAAAAUAAGUCAAGAUGAAUUUUGUCGGAUAUGCUCACAAGACGAAUAUCUUAGAGAAUUCUUAUCACCAAAUUUUUCCACGUAA